UCCGAGGUCUACAAGUUUCGGUGCGCGGCCCCCGUAUCUCCCCACUCCCAGCCCUCGGCGAGCCUGGAGCUUCGCGUCCCGGUCCUCGCCUCACUCGCCGAGCCGGCCGAGCCUGCCGUGCCCGUGCAGACCCUGCUGCACACGGGAGACGCCGCGAGGUGUGGUCGGAGCCCGCGGAGAGCCUGCAGCGCCCAGCUGCCUAGAGCCCGGGUUGCCCUGCACUCCUGAGCCUCUGCUGCCGGCUUGGAGCCAUGAGCUGUGGCGUCCUGAAUGCCAUCGUCCCCUUGGGGCUGGCGCUGCUGGUGUGCAGUGCCCAGGGCUUCCUCCUGCCCAACGUGACUGAACUGCAGAAGCUGCUGGGCCGGUACCAGCAGGCAGAGUCGCAUGUGCGUGUGCGCAGGGCCAUCCCCCGAGAGGACCGUGAGGAGAUCCUGCGGCUGCACAACAAGCUGCGGGGCCAGGUGUCCCCGGCCGCCUCCAACAUGGAGCACAUGACCUGGGACGAGGAGCUGGAGCAGUCAGCGGCGGCGUGGGCCAGGGAGUGCAUCUGGGAGCACGGGCCCACCAGCCUGCUGGUGUCCAUCGGGCAGAACCUGGCUGUGCACUGGGGCAGGUACCGCUCGCCCGGGUUCCACGUGCAGUCGUGGUAUGACGAGGUGAAGGACUACACGUACCCCUACCCGCACGAGUGCAACCCCUGGUGCCCCGAGAGGUGCUCGGGCCCCAUGUGCACCCACUACACGCAGAUAGUCUGGGCCACCACCAACAAGGUGGGCUGCGCCGUGCACACCUGCCCCAGGAUGGACGUCUGGGGGGAGAUCUGGGAGAACGCCGUCUACCUGGUCUGCAAUUACUCCCCAAAGGGAAACUGGAUUGGAGAGGCCCCCUACAGGAACGGCAGGCCCUGCUCCGAGUGCCCGCCCAGCUAUGGCGGGGGCUGCAGGAACAACCUCUGUCACCGAGAAGAGACCCACCUCACCACGCCCGAGACGGACGAGAUGAACGAGGUGGAGACGCCCUCAGUGCCAGACGAGACGCACGUCUGGGUCCAGCCGAGGGUGGUCAGGCCCACGAAGCGCCGGAAGACCCCUGAGGUCACCUACAUGACCCAGGUUGUCCACUGUGACACCAAGAUGAAGGACAGGUGCCAAGGCUCCACGUGUAACAGGUACCAGUGCCCAGGAGGCUGCCAGAGCUACAAGGCCAACGUCUUCGGGACUCUGUUUUACGAGAGUUCCUCCAGCAUCUGCCGGGCCGCCAUCCACUACGGCGUCCUGGACGACAGAGGCGGCCUGGUGGACGUCACCAGGAACGGAAGAAAGCCCUUCUUCGUGAAGUCGCAGCGGCACGGCGUGGACUCGCUCAGCAAAUACAAACCUUCCAGCUCGUUCACGGUGUCAAAGGUGAGAGAGCAGGACCUGGACUGCUACACCACCGUGGCUCAGCUGUGCCCCUUUGAGAAGCCGGUUUCCCACUGUCCAAGAGUCCGCUGUCCGGCCCGCUGCGGAGACGAGCCGUCCUACUGGGCCCCACUGUUCGGAACCAACAUCUACGCAGACACGUCCAGCAUCUGCAAGGCAGCCGUGCACGCAGGCGCCAUCCGGAACGAUAUCGGGGGCUACGUGGACGUGAUGCCCGUGGACAAGAAGCGGAGCUACUCGGGCUCGCUGAGGAACGGCGUGCAGUCUGAGAGCCUGAGUGCCACCCCAGAUGGAAAGGCCUUCCGGAUCUUUGCAGUCAGACCGUGAACGCUCCGCAGCAGGGCCAGGGGUGUCUUCAGCAGGGAUUUCGGGUUUUGUUUUUCCUUUUUGUCAUUUGGGGAGUGGGGGUGGGGAGAUGGAGGGUCAGGGAGCUUCCGUGGAAAGGCGGUGGUGUCGUGUCCCUUGGUGGUCUUUGGCAAGGUGACAUCUCAUCCCCGUCAGACAACUGGCACCAGACCUGCCGAGCCCUGGGUCUCCACGCGGGGCCCCUUCCCUCCUUUGGGGACCUGCCCUGUCACCGAGAUGUCCCUUGCCAUGUGUUCUCUUGGGAGUAGGGGUCAGAUUCCCACCCCCGAAAGAAUACAACAUUUGGGGUCACCAGGGGGAGGUGCUGGGACCGGGCAGAGCCCCGGAGCAGUGCAGGUGGGUUUCAGGAAGGGAGAGAAAGUAGUUAUUUAAAAAUAAAAAGCCACGGUCCGUCCCUGCCAAUGGAGACAAAGGGCUUCAUGUUUGCUGGUCAGACAAAUGGCUGGAGGGGAGGCCAGGCGGCGCAGCGAGGCCCGGCCCUGCCCCAGCUUAGCCCGCGUGGCUGUGUAUCAGCAGUGCUGGUUUGCUUAGUCCAGCGCAAGUCCAGAGCCGAGUCUUGUCUUUGUCACACCCUUUGUCCUGUGGCCUCUGUUUCUCGCCAUGACCUUUGGGCUCGUUGAGGACUGAUGCAUCCAGGUCCCUUCUGGCCCCUCCCGGUGCCAGUGCUUUGCCAGGGCUCAGCCCGCUCUGUCUGCAGUCCGGGCUCUGGUGGUGACCCGUGUUCAGCGAGGGAGGGGUGGGCGCUGGACGCACCCUGCCCGGGGGAGGGGCUCGUCUCGGUGAGGAGCCCGAGCCCGCCCGAGCCGGCGGGGGCAGUGGCGGCCCUGGAAGGAUUUCUUUUCCUGUUUUUAUGGCCCGGCUCCCAGCAGUGCCAUGUGCUCUGCUUCCACCACGGCUCAGGAGCCAGGGCCAGAGCCACGGCGGAAAGCAGCGCCCUUUGCAGUCGCCUGCCCGGCAGGAGGUAAAAUUUCCCUCUGCAGCCCCGGGCUGGCCCACGCACCACUUCGCUGAACGCCGGCUUCUAGCUGGUUUUCACUCGACAGCAGAAUGUGUCACAGGGGAAAGGACGGAAGCAGGAAACCAAGAGGGCUCACGUGGCGUCUUCGUCAUUUGGUUGCCCCAAUCAGCGCAGACCCUGCUGUUAAUCGCUUUUCAACAACAACCCUCUUCAGGGUUUGCACAGUACAAGCUGCUGGCUCACCUGAGCUUGGCGCAGUGGGACGGCGUUGUUGCUGUGGGUAUCGUGGGUUCCUGGCAGUUCCGGGACCCCAGUGUCCGGGAGAGAGGAUUUGGCUCCCGCUCAGGCGGGCGCCUCGUUGCCAUGGGGCCCAGCGCUCAGGUUCCGGAGCACCACCCCAGGUGAGCCAGAGUUCCAGUGUGGCCCGGCCUCACCGUAGGGUCCGGGUCCUUGGUGUCUCCUCAGCGGCCCUUCCACCUGGGAGCAGGGGACAAAGCCAGGGCCGGGCCCGGCGGCCUUGCCCAUCCUUGUAACAUUUGGAACUGGAACCGCUUUUCCGCUGGAAAUGAAGUAGAGUACAAAUGAUAAGCCUCUGUAGCCAGGGCCACCUCCUACUCUGCGCAUCUGACCGUGUCGCCGCCCCAGGGAAGUCCCGGUUGGCUUCGGUUGUACCCUCGUGCUGGGAAGGGGUUCGGGUUCUUCAGUUACCUGUAGGCUCACUCGGCCCGCAGUUUAUGUGUGUGCUUUUUUCUAUGAAAAAUGAUGUAUUUUACUACUCCCUAUGUACAAACGUUUCUUGUGGUUUUUUGUGCUUUGCGUGGACAGGGCCAUGUGGGUUGUUGCUAUGGUUCAAUAAAACUGGUGUGAUUCCUCCGA